GUCGGGGCUGCAACGUUUGUUCGCAUGCACACUCGCCGUCCUGCGAAUUUCACAAUUGGAAGAGAGUGUGAGUGCUGGCGUCCUGCGUGGCGAGUCACAGCAGACCUUGGUACCUAUCUAUAUAGCACCGACGCGCCCAACACGCACUGCUUGAAAGGAAGGCGUACCACCAACACACAACUGGAGCAAUGCCACCACGGAUCCGCCAUCUGCAGCGCCUCGAAGGCCUGGCCGCCUCGCAGUUGGACCGCACGCUCACAGCAACACCUCGAUUCGUCCACUCGAGCUCGCGGCGCCCUGUCUCGCUACCAUCCACGUCACCAGUGCCCUCGCAACUCCUUUCCUCCACGUCUCCACAAAGUCCAACUCACUCAAAGGCAACACUCGCCCGUCUUCCAACAGCAUCUGUUCUACGCUCCUAUCUCAUUACUCGCAUGUCCUCGUCGCCCGCGCUGCUCACCCUCUGCUUCACCAUCCUGCGGCGAAUGCUCGAUUCCAAGUCCUAUCUCAUGAGCAUUGAGAAGAAUCCACUGCUUUCAAGAUUACUCAAGUCCACCUUCUACGCCCAGUUUUGUGCGGGUGAGAACAAGAAUGAGGUUGUACGCAACACGAGCACGGCACGAGAACUGCUGGGAUACGAUGGCAUCAUCCUAGAGUAUGCACUGGAAGUUCUGGGGGGAACGGCGCCCACAGCCGAGGAGACGGCCCGAGAGAUCCAAGUCUGGAAAAAGGGCAUGUUGCAGAGUGUCGACAUGGCGAGAGAGGGUGACUUCAUAGGAUUGAAAUGGUCUGGCCUUGGCCGCCACGCCCUGCACCUCCUGAAAACCCAACAAGACCCCACUCCAGAAAUGUGGUCGGCCAUAAUCACCGCUUGCGACGCCGCGGCCACAAAGCACGUCGCCCUCCUCCCCGGUGCUGAAGAAGAAGCCACAAACCCCGGCCUCGAGAAAUGGACUCUCCGACUCCAGAAGAAGUACAAUACGCGCGGCCGAGCAAUCCUGUACACAACCUAUCAAUGCUACUUGAAAUCUAUCCCCGGGAGACUGGCACAGCAUCUCGAGACGGCGCAGAAAGAGGGAUAUAUUGCGGGCGUGAAGCUCGUGCGCGGCGCAUACCUAGCCUCGGAACCGCGAGAACUGGUCUGGGAGAACAAAGAGGGAACUGACGCAUGCUACGAUGCCUGUGCCGAAGCAGUCCUCAAGCGUGAAUGGACCGACAAAGUCGCCCCUUCCAUGCCAGGCAUUCCUUUCCCGGAAGUCAACAUCGUCCUGGCCACGCACAAUAUCGCCUCUGUCGAGAAAGCCAAGAAGAUUCGCGCCGCCCAACUGCUUUCCUCGCCUCCCGAGUCACUUCCUCGGCUAGCCUAUGCGCAACUCCAAGGCAUGGCUGACGAAAUUUCACAAGAGCUCGUGCAGAACCCGGGUAAACAGGCGGAUAUACAGGCUAAAGUGGUCAAGUGCAUGACUUGGGGUACUACGACCGAGUGUUUGAAUUUCUUGCUGAGAAGGGCGAGCGAGAAUAAGGAGGCUGCGAUGCGGACCGAGGAUACGAGGAGGGCUAUGGGUACGGAGCUUUGGAGGAGAAUGAAGGGUGCAUUUGGCCUUGCUUAGACCAAGGAGUAAGAUAGAGUAAGGGAUAUGUAAGAAAGUUAGAGGGCAGUAUCCGUCAGCAUAUGAAGCAAGGGCGCAAGGCGCUGGGUGUACAUAUGGAAUUGGAAGGCUCAGCACUGGAUGGAUGGCUUGCUUCACAGGAGAGGCCUUCAGGGGAAGAGAUGCGCUACGAUUAUGAAGUUACGCGUAUGAGGUGACGAGGCUUGACGAGUAGAACGGCCACACCGCACUGUGUAUUCCUUACUACUAAUUAAACUUGCACAAAUUUCA